AUGUCUUCAUCGACCCGAGAUGGGGCUGGCGGCGGUGGCGGAAGUAGCAGCAGCGGCGGUGUCGCCCUCGCAGUCGGCUCCCUCGCAGAUGAGUGGGCCUUCAACAACUACCACGUGUCCUCCUUCAUGGCGAUGGAGGUGCCGGCGACAAUUGUGCCCCGGUUUGUGAUGGACCGUGUCGACUGCCUUGGUGGCAGUUACGGGCCUUUUGCCCCAAACUACCCCAUCGACGUGCCACUCUGGCUCGCCCUUUACUUGCGACAGACCAACACGUGUGCGAUUCAGCCGCCAGACUACCUUCGCGUGGAGUAUUUGCGCGACAUCAUCGAGCGAGAGCGGACCAACGAUCAGGGCUUUGAAAGUCUGCCCUUCUACUUCUACGAGAUUGCUAAAAAGUUGACGGAGCGGUGCGGAGGCAGUAGCGGUGGUGGCGGCGGCUCCGACGACGGGGACACAAUUCCCCACGUGGUGGAAGUCAUCCGCCUUGUCAAUGAAAUACACGCGAUGCGGCAGCAGAAGCUCAAGAAUCUCAUGGCAGUCUUUGAGGCAGAAGGGUCACCCAUGUUCAUUCCAGGCGUCUUGCUGACGAACAUCGUUUGCCAUGAGCUGCACUUUCUGCGAGCCAGCUUUGGGAUCGUGCUGCAGCAGGCCGCGUCGAUGGAACGACAGCGGCAGCAGCUGAUACGACUGCCACCCGUCUCUGCCGCCACUCCAGGUCGCUUGUCCUCUACCGUGGGUCGGACGACGCUGGCGAGUGGAAUGAGCACUGCGCGCACGACCACGACACUGUCUUCUACAGGCACACCAGGCGUCGCCACGACGGCGAUGGACCUUGCCUCUAAAAUGGGCUCUGGCAGCUUCAUACACGAAGGCGUUGCAAACUCUCAAGGAUCGGCGCUGACAGCCGCAACAUCGAUGACAACGGCGAUGGCUGUGACAUCGGAUGGUGGCUCUCAGCCCACUGCCACAGCGGACGUGACACCACUGACGCAGCCCGCAGUUAAAAAGCGUCGCACCCUACGGCAGACGUAG